AACUGAUGUACUCUGAUGAAUACUAGGGAUUAUGUCAAAGUUCAAAACUUCAAGUGUUGUUUCACACGUUUGAAGAUUGUUGCUUCUUUGCCAUUGGCUGAUGGCUGGAUUCUGGAGCGUAUAAGCCUGUUGGCCAAUCCAAAUCUUAAAAGACCCAAGAGGUUUUGGGGUGUCUAUACAAAACUGAAAAUAUUUAAUAUGACAAACUACAAGAAAGUUGUGUAUCUUGAUGCAGACACAAUUGUUCUCAGAAGCAUUGAGGAUCUCUUUAAAUGUGGAAAGUUCUGUGCAAACUUGAAACAUUCUGAAAGGAUGAACUCUGGAGUCAUGGUGGUGGAACCAUCUGAGGAACUGUUCAAGGAUAUGGUGGGCAAAGUGAACACCUUGCCCUCUUACACAGGAGGAGAUCAGGGUUUCCUGAAUUCUUAUUAUGCUGGGUUUGCUAAUGCACAUGUCUUUGAGCCGAAUUUAUCAUUAGAAGUGAGAAAUUCAAGACUGACACCUGAAAUGGAGAGGCUCUCAACUUUAUAUAAUGCUGAUGUUGGCCUGUACAUGCUAGCAAAUAAGUGGAUGGUAGAUGAGAAGGAACUGCGCAUCAUUCAUUACACCCUCGGUCCUCUAAAACCAUGGGACUGGUGGACGGCUUGGCUGUUAAAACCUGUUGACUUGUGGCAGGAUGUUCGGGUGGGACUUAAGGAAUCUCUUCCUGGCACAGGCGGCGGCAAUAACGCUAAUGACGAGCUGUUGGUGAAGUUCCUUUUUUUCAUUCCCCUUCUUGCACUGGUUGCGUGCUACUACCGCCCAUUUUUUGAGCUGCAAAAGGAUUUGUUCGGUGCACUAUGUAGAGGCUCCUUAUGCAAUUACAUCAGGCAUCUUUAUUACAAGUGUAGAUCUGGUGCUCCUUAUUCCGCUAUUGGUGUUUCUUCUAACUCAAAUCAACAGCAGUUCACAAAUGGAACAAAUGCCAAGCUACCUCCUUAUUUAGGAGGCAUAUCGGUUUUGGUUUGCUUUGGUGCUGCCAUAGCAUCCCUUGUGGCCGCAUUUGCAAUUAUUCCACGCCAGGUGAUGCCAUGGACUGGUUUAUCGCUGCUUUAUGAGUGGACAUUUGCUCUUUUUAUCAUCAUAUUUGGAAGCUAUCUUCAUAUUAUAUAUGAAUGUGGGAGGUCAUCAUCAAAUCAAGGAACCUUUUCUAGUGGCACCGAGUCUCCAUCACGCUACAACUCUGGAAAAGGGCAUCAGCGCCAAGCAUCCUGUUGUGAUGCUGUGACCUGGUAUUAUGGGUUAGGGAUGGGGUUUUUGGCCAUUGCUGCCCCAUCAUUACCUUGUCUCUUUGGGAUCACUGCUCUUUUCUCGAGAUUAGGGCUAAUGGUUGGUGGUGGUAUGGUAUUAGUGGCAUUCAUGACUUACGCUUCGGAGAAUCUUGUGAUUCGAGCAUAUAUGAGGGGCGAGGAUCGGGACUCACCCCGGACUAGACGUGUUUGUAUUUAACUGUUAAUUGUUUGUGUGAAAUUAUUUAUUGCCUUUUUUAGUAGGAAGGAAUCAAGUUUUGUUUUGAUAAGCUGAGUUUUUUCUUCUUUUUUUUGUGAGCUAAGAGUCUAUCGGGGGAUUAUUCUUGUGUGAUCUUGGCUGAUGAGAUUAUAGGAAAGCUGAAGACCUUCAAGGGA